AGAAACAAACAUGGCGCCUCAGACGAGCUGUAGUUGUCAGUUAUUAACAAAAUAUUAGUUUUAUUAGUGUUUACAGACAUCAUGGAUAGUAAAAAGAGCCCGAUUCGAAGAGCGAAACGUUCUGCGAAAGUGUUGGAAGAUAAUUUUUGGGAUUGCAGUGUGUGUACAUUUAGAAAUACGGCGGAAGCUUUUAAAUGCCUGAUGUGUGACGUUCGAAAGGGGACUUCCACGAGAAAACCACGCAUAAAUCCUCAAUUAGUCGCCCAACAGGUAGCUAGCCAGUACUUGCCGGCCACCAGUAAUCAGAAACGAGAAAAGAAAGACAAAAAAUCAAUGAAGAAACGCAGGCAUCCCCCGCGCCUGAAGAAUGUGGACCGGAGUAGUGCUCAAACGAGGGAAGUUACCGUGAAUAGUGUUACCGUGGUGAUAACCGAAUAUAAGCCAAAAAUUAAGUCGGCGGAGACGAUAUCCAGCAGCAGUUCUUCGGACCACGGGUCCCAGUCAGAGUCCAGUAUGGAUGCUCGGUGAAUCCUCACCGUACAGGACAGAAGGGUGAGUUUGGUUUGUCCGGAGUGAGUUCGAAGGUGGUGUAUCGUGUAUUUGCUGCACAUUCACGUAUGCAUACGUGCAGUGUCAGUGACUCGCGGGACAAUGACUUGUGACGUCAGCUGUAUGUUCGAGGACUGUUUAUUUCGUUUUUUAAACUGCCCCAUAGAUGUACAUCGUAAACACUACUUCAACUAACGAAAAUUAAUUCCUAUAAUCUCCACUGCCUUGACCAAAAGUUGUUCAGUCGAAUAAUAAAAUCAAUUGUUUUAACGGCAUUUUUUAUCGACGUUGUAUUUAAUUAAGACUGGCGAAGGGCGUUUAAUAUUCGGCAUGAAAACGCAUCAAACAUCAAAUGCAUUUAUAUAGAAGUGUACCUAUCUAUUAAAUUUGUAUAAAAUCGUUGCUCAUUGUUAAUUUAUGAUGGUUCUGUAAGAAAUUUAAAGUACGUGUCCUUUAAAUAUUUAAGGAAUAAAAAAAAUUAUUUUAUAA